AUGUCCAAGCUCUUGAACAGGUUCAAUGGCGGUGGCUCGUCCUCCGCCGAGGGCGGCAACAAAGAUGGCGAUCUCCCCGCUGCGCCCACCUAUGACAGCGAAGUUGGCCGAAUCGAGCAUGCGCGUGAAGCCAAGCGACAAAUCGGAGUCACCACCGCCAUAUUCCUGAUCGUCAACCGUGUCGUCGGUACCGGUAUCUUCGCUACCCCCGGUUCCAUCCUCAGCCUUUCUGGCAGUGUCGGCUUGUCGCUCUUCAUCUGGGUCGCUGGUAUGAUUAUCGCUCUCGCCGGAACUGCCGUUUACCUUGAAUGGGGAACUGCUAUCCCCAAGAACGGUGGUGAGAAGAACUACCUCGAAUACGUCUACCGCCGCCCCAAGUUCCUGACCACUGGUCUGUACACCGGAUAUGUCAUCCUCCUCGGUUGGGCCAGUGGUAACUCUGUCGUCUUCGGCGAGUACAUCCUCCACGCGGCCAACGUUGAGGUUGACAGGUGGAACCAGCGCGGUAUUGGUCUGGCAUGCAUCACAUCCGCUUUCUUGAUCCACGGCCUUGCGCUCAAGUGGGGUCUGCGCCUGCAGAACCUCCUUGGUUCAAUCAAGCUGAUCAUCAUCCUGAUCAUCAUUCUGUGUGGUUUCAUUGCCCUGGGUGGCCACGUCAAGCUUCCCGAGGACCAGAAGCCUCAUAACUUCCGCAAUGCCUUCGAGGGCACCACUGGCAGCGCUUAUGGAGUUGUGACAGCGUUGUACAACGUCAUCUGGAGUUACAUUGGGUACAGCAACGCCAACUACGCCCUCAGCGAGACCAAGAACCCCGUUCGCACCCUCAAGAUUGCCGCGCCUGCCGGUAUCAUCACCAUCUCGAUUCUUUACAUGCUCGUCAACAUUGCCUACUUCGCCGCUGUUCCCAAGCAGGAGAUUCUUGAGGGUGGCCGUCUGGUCGCCGCCUCCCUCUUCCGCAACGUCAUGGGUGGCACCGCAGAGCGUGCUCUCUCGGUGUUCGUCGCCCUGUCUGCUUACGGCAACGUUCUCAGCGUUAUCUUCUCCCAGGGUCGUCUAGUUCAAGAACUCGGUCGCGAGGGUAUCCUUCCAUUCUCUCGAUUCUUUGCCAGCAACAAGCCCCUGAACGCUCCGUUGGCUGGUCUGUUUGAGCACUGGCUUAUUUGCGUCAUCACGAUGCUCGCUCCUCCUCCUGGAGAUGCCUACAACUUCAUUCUUAACCUCAUCAGCUACCCUCUUGCUGUCAUCAACGUCUUUGUCGCCGGAGGCCUGGCCUACCUUUACCUCAACCGCAAGGAGUGGAACUGGAACCCUCCCAUCAGCGCCAGUCUGCCCGUCGUCAUCUUCUUCAUGCUUAGCAACGUCUACCUCGUCAUUGCUCCCUUCGUUCCUCCCGAGGAGGGCCAGAACGUCUACGAGAGCCUUCCCUACUACCUUCACUGUGUCGUCGGCAUCGCCAUCAUUGUUGCAGGUGGUCUUUACUGGGUUGUAUGGGCUAAGAUCCUGCCGAAGAUCGGCAAGUACGAGCUGGUGCGUGAGACUGUCGUCGAUGAGAUCGAUGGCUGGGAAAGAAACGUCUUCUUCAAGAGACCUUUGGGAGAAACCAUUACUUCUGCAAACAGGUCGACCCCCGAGCCUGAGGUGGCCAAGUAG